ACCACAACCGUCCUUCCCUUCCUCCUCUACAGCCGCUUUUUUAAGAACCAUGGAGAGCGCAGGUAACCUCUCGGACGCGGAUUACGGGAGCCCAAUUGUCGCCUUUACUAGCAACGGCAGUGGAGGCAUGAUGGGCGACUUGUGUACGCGCAACCUGAGCGCGGGCUCCAACAGCAGCGUGUGCGAAGGGGAGCUUGCCGCGAGCGGCGACCUGGACUACGUCGACUCCAACCCGGUCAUCAUCGCCAUCGUCAUCACGGCCGUUUACUCCAUCGUAUCCGUGGUGGGGCUGGUGGGCAACGUGCUCGUCAUGUACAUCAUAGUCAGGUACACCAAAAUGAAGACGGCCACCAACAUCUACAUCUUCAACCUGGCCCUGGCUGACGCCCUUGUCACCAGCACCCUGCCCUUCCAGAGCGUCAACUACCUGAUGGGCACGUGGCCCUUUGGCGACAUCCUCUGCAAGAUGGUCAUGUCCAUCGACUACUACAACAUGUUCACGUCUAUCUUCACUCUGACAACCAUGAGCAUUGACCGCUACGUGGCAGUGUGUCACCCGGUCAAGGCUCUGGAUUUCCGCACGCCGCGCAACGCAAAGAUCGUCAACGUGUGCAACUGGAUCCUGUCGUCCGCCAUUGGCCUGCCCGUCAUGUUCAUGGCCUCUACCGUCGUCAGUCCCUCCGGUAUAGUGGACUGCAAACUGAUUUUCCCGCAACCCUCCUGGUACUGGGACAUCCUGCUGAAAAUCUGUGUGUUCAUCUUCGCCUUCAUCAUGCCCGUGCUCAUCAUCACUGUAUGCUACGGCCUGAUGGUCCUGCGCCUCAGAAGCGUGCGCAUGCUGUCAGGCUCACAGGAGAAGGACAGGAACCUGCGCCGCAUCACACGCAUGGUGCUGGUGGUAGUGGCAGUCUUCAUCGUGUGCUGGACGCCCAUCCACAUCUUUGUCAUUAUCAUCGCCCUAAUAAACAUUUCCAGCUCCACUCUGCAGACCGUCACCUGGCACUUCUGCAUCGCCCUGGGCUACACCAACAGCAGCCUGAACCCGGUGCUUUACGGCUAUUUGGAUGAGAAUUUCAAGCGUUGCUUCCGUGAGUUCUGCUCAUCUGGACCGUCGCUGCUGGAGAUGCAGAACUCGGCCCGGGUGGGUGCAGCGGGACGCAAGGUGCCACAGUGCGAGCCCAACAGUGCGCAGACGGGAGACAGGUCAAAUCAGCAGGUAUGACUAGCCGUGGCUGAGUCGUCAGUUGGCUCGCGCGGUCGAGGCGGUGACGCCAACGACGAUCUCAACUCGGAAGUCACUGAAGUCACCACGGGGCUCUAAUUACUCAAACACAUUUGCACAACAACACAUGAAUGCGACUCAAAAUAUUGCAAGUCAGUAAGCAACGAGACCAGUCGGAAUCUGAAGUAUGUGUGCAAAACAGACUAACUCAAGAUGCUCACUCUGACGCUGAUGCUUUUCAUCCUCCGUAACCCUCACAGACUUUAUGACGUACAUCUGCUCGGUCCGAUGAGAUCCAAUAUAGGCGCUACAUCCAUAAUUCUGCCUUUGCAAUAACCUGCAGACCUGCGCCAAGAACUGGAAAUUGCAUAUAUGUUUAUAAAUGCAAUACCCUCCCACUCCAGCUCCCAUCUAGAAUAGAAAAAAAUAUAGGUUGUCUCAGUAUAAAACGUUGAAUGCAUACGUCUAACGCCUUUACAUUGAGAUCUCGGAUCUCCUUAAAAACAGUCAUGAUCCACGAGAAGAUCAAAAUCAAAAGUCAAGUUCGAAGCUGCUUCAAGAACCACUGGGAAAUCAAAUUCUGAACUGUGCCAAGAAGGAGCAAGUUCGGAAUCAGUGAAAACCAAAUGAAAAAAAACACUUUGAGAAUCAGUGGAGAAUGACAUUAAAUAUGAUGUAAAAGUUUGUCUCAAAGACUGCAGUCAAGAGCCAGUCAUUUACCAUAGUUGAAAACCAAUGAAGAACCAAGUCAUUGACAGGGUCAAAAACCAUACGGUAUAGCCAAAACUACAUUAAUUCAUUGGAAUGAAUUGAAUGAGUUCAAGUUCAUUUAUUUGUUUUUACCACACCUGUGUUACAUUUGAUCACUGUUUAAAAAUUUUGAAAUACUGUCCUGCCAUCUAUGAUUUCGCAGCUUUUACUGAUAUUUGCCAAGGUAUUAUCUAUGUACAGUGAUCCCUCGCUACUUUCGCGCUUCACUUUGCGCCCUCAGUCCAUAGUGGAUUUUUUUUUUCCUCAAUUAAAAAAAGAGAUGAGCUGUCCCGAACCGAUUGCAUAGUCUCACUCUCCCUGCCUCCCUCUCCCUGCUCUUUGUUAGUCGGGCAGUGUGUGCACUGGAGUUGCUUAUUAAAGUCAACGAUGAGUGACAGACGUUUAAUGUUUGAACUUGCCAGAGAAGCGAACUUCAAAGGCCGCAGGCGUCAAUCAUAGUUUAACUUGUUAAACAGUUGCUGUGGCAGCUCAUUGUGUGUACUUGAGUAGCUUGAGCGAAUUUGAGUGGACUCAAUCAAUGAAGCAUUUAAUAAAACCAAGCAUUUUCCUACUACUUUAUUCUUGUUGAAAAAAAUUUGGUAGAACAGUAACAUGCUUCAAACAUAACUAUUACAUUUGAAGUGCUUAAAAAACCAUUAAAAUAUAUACUAGUGUAUAUGUACAUAAAAGGUUUUUUUUCAUUAUACUUUGGGGGAAAAAAGUGAAAAAAACAUAUGUUAUAUAUGGCGGAAAACAGUCAGGUGACUUGAAGUUCUGCUCCGAGACCCCCAAUUAGGCCAAAUUUCAAAAUUGUCCGAUAUGCAUGUGUGAUACAUCAUUGGAAAGCUUAAAAUCUCAAUUUUCUGGGGGAAGAAACAUUUUGAACAGGAGGGCGUUUAAAAAUAAAAAAAUACAUCUUUUUUUUUAAACCCCUAAACCCUAACUGGAAGUGAAAGCAUGAGAGACUCCAUGAUUUUAACAAGAUAUUAUCGCGUACUUACCUUGUUUCGAUCCAAAAACUCAGUGUAGCAUGUAUCACCGAGUGUCAAGACAUAGCUGUGAAUGGCCACAGCCGGACUUUUGGGGGAUUUUAUGGGUGAAACAUGGUAAUAUAUAACAAGGGUCGCGAUGCAGAAAUCGCAGACAUCAAGGAGUGGUUGAGAUUUUGUUUUUCAUAUAUUUACCCUUUUAAACGUUUUUUUCCAUUUUUUCUUUGUUUGGAGCCAUUUAUUAUCAUCUAAAACACAGGUGUCAAACCGAUUCCAGAAAGGGCCAAGUGGGUGCUGGAUUUUGUCCCAACCGAUACCGUGCAGAGAGUUUAACCAAUGAACUUCCUACUGAAACAAGCAGCACCUGACAAAGUUUAACUGAUUACACAUGUAAAAGAUCUGAUUGGUGAAAAGGUGUCCUCUUCAUUGGUUGGAAAGCAAACCUGCACCCACUUGGCCCUUUCUGGAAUCGGUUUGUCACCUGUGAUCUAAAAUAUCUGGGAAAAUGCCACAGUAACAAAAAAAAUACAAUAGAUAUCUGUGACCUACUGUAUAUACAAACACUAUUUUUUUUAAGUGUGACGUAAUUUGUUUAUCAGUUAAAAAUAUGCAACUGAAUAUUUUUUUUUUAAGUGUUUUUUUUUUCUAAAUACAGUGCCUUGCAAAAGUAUUCGGCCCCUUGAACCUUGCAACCUUUCGCCACAUUUCAGGCUUCAAACAUAAAGAUAUAAAAUUUUAAUUUUUUG